CUCAGGGUAGACAUUUAAUUGUUUGGAAUGAACCAAAAACAAAAGCCAAGAACAAGAAAAUUUGUUCAAAGUAAUAACUCACCUCAUAUUUUUUUUAAUAUGUUUUCUGAAUCCCAUGAAGGCAGUGAUGCAUUUCAUUUGAUUAAUAUUCACAUCUUCUAAUCGGAAAUCACACUGCAGGCAAUCAUUUUUGAUUUUUCAGAAUCCCUUCUACUGACAUUUUGUGCCACUUUGAAAAGACUCAUCUGUUUAUGCAAACAAUCUGUUUUCUAGGAACUCCUGUCAUGGAUCUGCCUUGCUGAGUGUCAUUGUUUGAACUGAUGUUCAUCGCCCCUGUGUGACCCUGCCUUUUUGGAAUACAUGUUACUUGCACGUUGUGUUGCAACUCAACUAUUUGGGACAAAUUCAUUAGAGAGAUACGGCCAUGGGGGAGAGCCCCUGAUCCGGAUUCUUUUGGGUUGGUUGAGACCACUUUGUCUCAGUCCAUGGGCCUUGUGUGGAUUUUGUGCCUGAGUUGACACGGGGCCUGCCCAAAGCGUCCAACAGCAUGAUUCCAUACGGAAGGGCGAAAAGCAAACCACCCCCCGUGUCCUGCACCAGCUGCGGGGACUGCUGCUCACCACCUCCCCCUUGUCUUAUCCCCCCUGGGCCCCCGUCCUCGUCCACUACUACCUCCUCCUCUAUGCCCUCAAGCAUGACCCCUCCACCAUCAAUGUCCCCUGCCCCUUUCUUGCAGGUGGAGAAUGGAACCAGUUGGAACUCUACGGUCUCAUCCUCAGACUCUCUAGAUUCCCAUCCUGGGCAUCCAUGUGGGGCUAAAAACGCCAACCCUUACUGGACGGCAGUGUUUGAUUACGAAGCCACAGCAGAUGAGGAAUUAACCUUGCGACGUGGGGACCUACUGGAGGUUCUCUCCAAAGACUCCAAGGUUUCUGGGGAUGAGGGCUGGUGGACAGGGAAGAUCCAGGACAAGGUGGGUAUCUUUCCAAGUAACUAUGUCACAAGAGGAGAUGCUGCCAGUUAUCAGCAGCUGAAGGUUGGAGGGCUGGUGGCAGUCAGAGUGAGCGAGUCUCCGUUGGAGAUUGACUUCUCAGAACUGACCUUGGAGGAGGUGAUAGGAGCUGGCGGAUUUGGGAAGGUGUACAAAGGAGUUUGGCGAGGAGAGGAGGUAGCUGUAAAGGCUGCCAGACAGGAUCCAGAUGAGGAUAUUAGCGUCACAGCGGAAAGCGUACGGCAAGAGGCCAGGUUGUUUUGGUUUCUCCGUCACCCCAACAUAAUAUCUCUUCGUGGGGUUUGCCUGAAGGAACCCAACCUCUGCUUGGUGAUGGAGUACGCCAGAGGAGGGGCUUUAAAUCGUGCAUUGGCUGGGAAGAAGGUCCCCCCAAGAGUUUUGGUGAACUGGGCUGUGCAGAUUGCUACAGGCAUGGAUUACCUGCACAACCAGGCGUUCGUACCAAUCAUCCACAGAGAUCUCAAGUCCAGCAAUAUCCUCAUCCUGGAGCCGGUGGAAGGGGACGACCUGCAUGGGAAAGUCCUGAAGAUUACAGACUUUGGUCUGGCCAGGGAGUGGCACCAGACCACCAAGAUGAGUGCAGCGGGGACCUACGCCUGGAUGGCCCCAGAGGUCAUCAAGCAUUCUAUGUUUUCCAAGAGCAGCGACGUGUGGAGUUUUGGAGUCCUACUGUGGGAGCUGCUGACCGGAGAAGUUCCUUACCGGGAGAUUGACGCCCUGGCGGUAGCUUAUGGUGUUGCCAUGAACAAGUUGACACUUCCCAUCCCCUCAACCUGCCCUGAACCUUUUGUUCAGCUGCUGAGAGAAUGCUGGAGCUCCAACCCUCGUGCAAGGCCUUCGUUCACCAGCAUCCUGAGGCGACUGCAGGCCAUCGAGCAGUCCUCCAUGUUUCAGAUGCCUCUGGAGUCCUUUCACUCAUUACAGGAAGACUGGAGGCUAGAGAUCCAGCAGAUGUUUGAUGAGCUCAGAGCAAAGGAGAAGGAGCUGAGAUCCUGGGAGGAGGCAUUGACCCGGGCAGCGGAGGAGCAGAAGGAGCAGGAGGAGCAGCUAAAGAAGAGGGAGCAGGAGCUGGCGGAGAGGGAGUUUGACAUUGUGGAGAGAGAGCUGAACAUCCUCAUCCACCAGAUGUACCAGGAAAAGCCCAGUGUCAAGAAAAGGAAGGGCCACUUCAAGAAGAGCAGGCUGCUGAAGCUGGGCAGGGAUAGCAACUGCAUCAGUCUGCCCUCUGGUUUUGAGCACAAGAUCACAGUGCAGGCAUCCCCCGGCGUGGACAAGAGGAAGAACCAGAGGAGUGAGAGUACCACCCCUCCUGCCAGUCCGGGGGUUUUACCCCGCCUGCGAGCCAUCAGACUGACGCCGAGCGAUGGCAGUAAAACAUGGGGCCGAAGCGCUGUGUGCAAGAAGGAAGACCUGACAACCAAUAAGAAGAAAGGGCGCACCUGGGGCCCGAGCUCCACCCACCAGAAGGAACGGGUUGGAGGAGAGGAGAAGCUCAAAUCUCUCAGCGAAGGCAAAGUUUAUUCAUCCAGUGCCCCAAAUCUGGGGAAGUCACCCAAACAUGCUCCCAUGAUGCCCGGCUUCUCCAGCCUGAAUGAGAUGGAGGAGGGCUCUGAGUUUGAGGAAUCACCAGGGUCCUUACACCCAUCAGAGACCAGCAGUAAUGGUGCCAAUGAGGACUCUGGGCCCCUGUGGGGUGGCUUGGGGAUGAGCGGGGCAGCUACCAUUAGCAGUACCAGCCUCUCCCUGCCGUCUGCGAGCCCUUCCAUGAGUGUAAGCAACCAGGACUCUGUUCGCCGCUGCAGCCAGAGGAAGAAAAGCGACAUGUUGCUACUGGGUUGCGCCUCCCUGCUUGCCUCUGUUGGUCUGGGACAGGACCUGCUGCAGCUGGGAAAACAGCAGAUGCUUCAGGAUGAGCAGGAGCGAGAGGAGCAGAGAAAGAAGAAAGAGGGUCUCUUCCAGCGGACGGGCCGUUUCCGUCGCAGCACCUCUCCUCCCAGCAGGAACCUCUCCUUAACGCUCUCCAGACACCACGACUCUGGGCUCGCCUGCAUGGACCCGUCCCCCUCUGUGACACUCCUCUCUCUGUCCUCUCUGUCUGACUGCAACUCCACCAAGUCCCUUCUUCCCUCGGACUCGGACGAUUACUCUCUGACCCCGUCGGUCAGCAUCAAAACGCCCUCGACGGCCCCGUCAGCCCAGGCCCCUGCCCUCAACCCUCUGCUAGACCUACGGGCGGAAAGCUUCAAGAAGGAGCCCAACCAGUCCCUUACACCCACCCAUGUGUCCGCAGCGAUGGCGCUGAACAGAGGACACAGACGGACGCCAUCGGACAGUGCGAUCCGGCCCCGAGCACAGACUUUGGGACACCGCAGAACGCCGUCCGACGGGAGCAUGCCGAUGCCUCCACCGCCAGUCAUCACAACAUGUAAAGGAAAGCCAGACAAACUGGACAUCCCUCGUCUCCCGGACCCCUCCAUAGUCUACCCCGUCCCCCAUCGGCGUAGAGCUCCUGCUCCCCCUGUCCCUGACGCAGCCCCUCCCUUUCUCAUCAGCCCCCUGGAGAGACCCAAGACUCUGGAGUUCGCUCCUCGCCCGCGGCCCACUCCGGCCCGGAUAAGGGCGGACCACAGGAAGCGUGGCUCCGUGUGCCGGACCUUUAGCUCGUCUCCGGGCAGCAGCUGCGACAGCCCCCUUGGUUCAGGAGACAGCAGCGCCGGCACCACACGACCCAACCUAAUGGACAUGGACAUGGAGGGCCAGAGUUUGGACCCGACAAUUCCUCUAUGUGGGCAGCUGCAGCCGGCCACUCUCUGUGAACAGCAGUACUUAUAGUGAAACAUUCCAUAAGGAACAGGCAUCCUUUCUAAGCUGAGUGCACUUAGUAAAUCCAACUUCCUAUAAUGUUGCACUUAGUCAAAGUUGUUUCUCUCAUGUGUCCUUAAAAGGUAUGAAACCUUUCCAGCAGCCCUUGGUCUUUAAUCUGCACAACACUGAGGGUUGAAGAAAUUCUCAUUGUGCUCGUCCAGCUAAACUUCUCCAGCUGGGUGACUGAUUCUCUCUAAAGCCAUUAAACAUCUAAAAAAAGCCACGUCAUUUCAGUCCAUCCUCUCUUCCUGUUUCCUGUCUGUGCAGCUCUACGCAUUUCUUUGCUCAUCUUUCCCUUUGCCUCAUAAGAGAAGAACAGAAAUCCUCAUGUUAUGUUUCUCGCUGUCAUUCGGAGCUGCUCUGUUUCUGAGGGGAGCGACGCUCCUCGUUGUAUCGCGCAUGUUUUAUUCUGCAUGGUGGUCAUCCUUCUCCUCAUCUUUCUAAACCUGGAAGGACGGAAAGCUUUUCCUCACAACUUUAAUAGGAUAGGAUAGGAUACAUUUUCAGCCUUGUGCAUAAAAAGAAAACAACCAAUAAUUUAUUUUCUCUCUGUUCGCUGUUUUUUUUUUUUUAUUGAUUCAAGCAUCCAAGUGUGCUUCUAUUGCAUGAAAGUUUAUACUGGAUGAUAUCAUGCAGAGCUGCCCGUGUUUAUUGGGAAAUAUUUCGCUGCAGCAGCAUAGUCCAACACUGAAAGGUGUAGAAAUAUUCAAUCCUUUAAAGAACAUUUAGAUAGCUACGAAAAAAUAAGAUGUUAAGGAAAAUUAGUUCUAAACACAAUCAAAUAAAUGACCGAAAUAUUAUCACCCAGAACGAUCCCUUUAAAACAAUGAACCUAAAGUGUUUUUUAUUCAUAUUGUCACUUUUUCAGAGUUAACCUGAGUUUCUUGGAACUCAAAUAGGUGUGUCCCUUCCCUUUUACUCGUAUAUCAAACGGCUGAUUUGCAUCAAUAAUAUGUUGUCAAGCUCUACAUUACUCUGCUGAUGGUUCUGUUCCAAUAAAGGUGUUCAGCAGCUGUAUCUGAUGAAGAUAAGAAAACUGCGUGCUGUAAU